ACUGCAGGUGAGUCAGGGCUCACGUUACAGGUUUGGGAAGCUGUGCUCCUGUGACAAGUAAAGGUGACAAUAUUGGUCCUGACAGAGAGAACCUGUGGAGAAGAAAUUAUAUUUGUUGUAUAACUAAGUUACAAAAUGAGCAAACAACCACUUGCUAACAUAAGUAGGAAGCCCGGCUUGCAAAUAUGGUCCAUCGAGAAAAUGCAAAUGGUUCCCCUUCCCGAAAAAGCCUAUGGGAGCUUCUUUGAAGGUGACUGCUACAUUAUUCUAUUUAUCAGGCAGUCCUCCAGUGGCAUGUCUAGUGACCUCCACUACUGGAUAGGGAAGGACUCUACCCAAGAUGAACAAGGAGCUGCUGCAAUGUACACAACCCAGAUGGACGAGGCUCUAGGAGGAAGCCCGAUACAACACAGAGAGGUGCAGGGGCAUGAAUCUGCAACCUUUAAAAGUUACUUCAAGAACGGUGUUAUAUACAAGAAAGGAGGAGUCGCCUCAGGGUUUAAACAUGUGGAGACAAAUAUGUAUAACAUACGUCGCCUACUUCAUGUAAAGGGAAGAAAACAUGUCAUAGCCACAGAGGUGGAUCUGUCCUGGAAUAGUUUUAACAAAGGGGAUGUUUUCCUUCUUGACCUUGGCAAAGUGAUCAUCCAGUGGAACGGGCCUGAAAGCAACAAAACUGAGAGGUUACGGGCUUGCAAUAUGGCUCAGGGUAUAAGAGAUGAUGAGCGAGGAGGAAGAGCCCAGAUUGGCGUCAUAGACAAUGAACAGGAUUCCCCUGACUUGAUGCAGAUAAUGACAGCUGUGCUUGGACCCAGAACUGGGGAACUGAAGGAUGCUGUUCCGGAUGAGAAGGCAGAUGAACAGCAAAAAUCAAAUGUCAGGCUUUACCAUGUGUUCGAAAAAGAUGGAGACUUGGUUGUGGAAGAAAUUGCAACAAAACCUCUAACUCAAGAUCUUCUUCAGCACCAGGACUGUCACAUUCUAGAUCAAGGCGGAGUAAAGAUUUUUGUCUGGAGAGGGAAAGACUCUAGUCCUGAAGAGAAAAAAUCAGCUUUUAGUCGUGCAGUGGGUUUCAUACAGGGAAAAGGAUAUCCUGCUACGACAAAUAUAGAGGUGAUCAAUGAUGGAGCCGAGUCAACUAUGUUCAAACAGCUUUUCCAGAACUGGAGAGAUUUAGGAGAAACGCAAGGACUUGGAAAAGCCUACAGUGUGGGGAAGACUGCCAAGGUGGAUCAAGUUAAGUUUGACAUCAAUCAGCUCUAUGCCAGACCUGAUAUAGCAGCAGAACAACGGAUGGUGGAUGAUGCUUCAGGGAAGGUCGAGGUCUGGAGAGUUGAAAAUCUGGAGUUGAAAGAAGUUGAUCCAAAAACGUAUGGUAGAUUCUAUGGAGGGGAUUGUUAUUUGGUGCUGUACACAUACAUAAAAUCCGGGAAACCAAAUUAUCUGCUUUACAUGUGGCUGGGCCGCCAUGCCACUCAAGAUGAGAUCACAGCCUGUGCCUUUCACACUGUGGAGCUGGAUCGCAAAUACAAUGAUCAGCCAGUGCAGAUACGCGUCACCAUGGGGAAAGAACCAAAACACUUCCAGGCUAUCUUUAAAGGAAAGAUGAUUAUAUACGAGGGAGGAACCAGUCGCAGUGGGAAUACAGAGCCGGAACCUGCAGUCAGACUAUUCCAGGUCAGGGGAACUGAUGAAUACAACACAAAGGCCACCGAGGUCCCAGCCAGAGCCGCUUCACUGAAUUCCAAUGAUGUUUUUGUUCUGAAGACUGAUACAGUGUGCUACCUGUGGUGUGGAAAGGGCUGCAGUGGAGAUGAGAGAGAAAUGGCAAAGACAGUGGCCAACAUUAUCUCCACGCAAGACAAACAAACCAUCCUGGAAGGUCAAGAGCCUGAUGAAUUCUGGGUAGCUCUUGGUGGAAGGGCUCCUUAUUCCAGUGAUAAGAGAUUCCAGGAGACACUGGUGCAGUACAAACCCCGACUCUUUGAAUGCUCCAACCAGACGGGUCGUUUCAUUAUGACAGAAGUUGUAGAUUUUACCCAGAGUGACCUUGAUGAAGAUGAUGUCAUGUUGCUUGAUACAUGGGAAGAGCUUUUCCUUUGGAUCGGCAAGUCAGCAAAUAAUUAUGAGAAGACUGAAUCCAUUAACUCAGCAAAAGAAUACCUGAAAUCUCAUCCUGCCGGCCGAGACAUCGCAACUCCAAUAGUUACAGUAAAACAAGGUCAUGAACCUCCCACCUUCACUGGCUGGUUUGAUGCCUGGGAUUCUCUAAAAUGGAGUUCUGACUCCUAUGAAGACAUGAAGAAGAACCUGGGAGAUGUCUCUGCUAUUUCUCAGAUCAGUGCGGACCUGCAAAACACAAAUCUAAACAGCACAAACAAGGCCGGCAUCCCAGUAAAGACAGAGAAUAAAAACAUAAAUGUCCCUGCGUAUAAGUCACACACCAAUGGUGGCCUGCCACAAAGCAACGGUAAUCAUACCAGUAUCAAUGGAAAACCAGCACCGAGCCAGAACCUCCCUCAAGUAGAAAUAGUGACAGGGAGCAAUGGAAAUCAGGUCUUCGAUAGCAGUCUGCUUCUUAACAAAAAUGCAGAAGAUUUACCCGAUGGUGUAGAUCCCACCAGGAAAGAGAUGUACUUGUCUGAUGCUGACUUUUCCAAUAUUUUUGGGAUGCCCAAAGCCCAGUUCUACCAACUGCCCAAAUGGAAGCAACAGAACAUCAAAAAGCAAAAUGGCCUAUUUUAGUACAUAGAAUUUCUAUAAAUAUAUAAAUAUA